CAACCCUCAUAUAUGUCAUGUCAGAAAUGAUUGACAGGUUAUAUCUUUGACGUAAAAAAGGUCGUUAAUUGAAUAUUGCAUUGUAAUCUUUACACAGUAUAUCUAUGUUUAUUUUAUGUGAGAAUAUUUACAAUCAGUGCAUACCAACAUCAACAUGGAUUCACAAAAUUAUAUCAUUAACAUAUUCUCUUUGAUAUUAUGCAUAUUCCCAAAUAUAUUGUACACACAGCGUAUAACAUGCCCGACACCAUGUGACAUCGGCUACACAUGUGCAAUGGUUAGACAUGGGACACAACCUUCAGCGCCUGGUUGUAUAUCAAUGCAGGAGGCAAUUCUACUGCACCAAGCAAUAAAUGGUGGUCCCAGUGGUCCAGGAUCUGGUAUAAAUAAUCAAGUUGGUGUUGGUAUCCAACAGCAAACCCCGGGCUUUCCACAGGCACCACGACCAGGAGACCCAAUUCCACCUUUUCCACAAGGAGCUGGAGGGACUAUCCCAGGCAUGAAUUUUCUUGGUAGUACUGAUCCAAGGGAACCGGGUUUUGAACAAAGAUUUGCACUAGGUUUAGGUGGACAACAACGCAACUUUGGAUUUGGACCCCCUGGUCAAGUAAAUGGACAAUUCGGACGACCACAGGUACCAACAGGGAUGUCUGGACCAGCUUUUCUUGAUCCAACUGCAGGCCAGUUUGCAGGUCAAGCUCCUGGUCAAUUCCUUGGACCUUCCGGUGGACAGUUUGGUCCAAAUGCUGGUCAAUUUGGACCAAACGCUGGUCAGUUUGGUCCAAACGCUGGUCAAUUCGGUCCAAAUCCCGGUCAGUUUGGUGGGCCACCCCCGGGUCAGUUUGGUCCAAGUGCAGGUCAGUUUGGCCCUGGAGGGCCAAUGGGAUUCAAUCCCCAAGUUGACGGUGGGCAAAAUAUUUCUUCCUCUGCAUCUGGUAUUAGAGAUAACACUAACAUAGCUUGGCAUGACUUUAGCCGUGGUGGUGGUAGUUUCCCAAGACCCGGUCUAUCUGAUAAUCGUGCAGGUUCUUUUCAGCAAAUAACUGAUGCAGUCGAUCAAACCCCUAUUCGGAUCGGUCAGUUAGGCCAAUUACCUCGUAAUUUCGUUGAACGACCAGGUACAUUUGGUACACGCCAAGGUCGUUUUGGGUUGCAGCCAAGGACCGACACAUUCGAUCCGAAUUCUAACCAGUUUGGCGCUGCUGGAAUAGAAAUUCCAUCAGUAGGAUUUAAUCCACAAGUGGUUGAUCUAAGUAUUGCUCCAACUCCAUCUGUUCCUCACAACAGAGAUAUGAAUAACCAAAUAAGUAAUGAUUUUUCACACGUUAGUCAUGAGGGUAGUCAUUCACAAUUUGACAGGUCUAGACAAUCCACCGGAGGGUUUGGUUCAAUGUCGAGUGUUCCCGAUCAAACUGCUGGCCAGUUUGAUCCACAACCACAUGUAGACGGUGACAAAAGUCAUAUAUCGCAUGGAAGUGACAACAAUUUUCCUCAAAGAAACAGUAGAUUUCAAGGUGAGCAGUUUCACACUGACUUUGUUCCACACACUGACCCAAGACCCCCUGUCCAAGAAAACGUACAAGACAUACCUGAUGGUUUUGUAGGACAAGAUUCGCAACAAACUAAUUUUGAAACAUUUGUUAAUACCCCUCCAAUAUUGACUUUACCUGAACAAGGUUUACUGAACCGUGCCGGUUCAGCUAAUCAAAUUCCUUUGGGUACACGUGUGGGUUCUACAGAACCACAAUCAAAUAUAAAUAAUGCUCCAAUGUUAGUAAAAUUAGACGGUGUAAAGACAGCUUCUGUGGGAGAACAUUCUGUUGAACAAAGUAAAGUUUCUUCCAUUAAAGAAGAUUCUGCUGGGUUACACUAUGUGUUUUAUCCGCAGAUUAAUGGUGCAGGGUUUAGAGUUAACAUUACGAAGGACGGAUUUUGUCCACGUGAUUCAAUGACACGCGAUAGGAGCACGUGCAUGAAUAGCUGCUAUUCUGAUGAGAAGUGUCCACUUGAACAAAAAUGCUGUCCAAGUGGAUGUUCUCUUAGAUGUCGAAAACCUAAUUUAGCAGUUCAGGACCUUAAUUCACGUCAACAAGACGCCGAAUUUAGCAAUAUUUCAGCCGUAGAAGCAAUGUGUCGACCUUGUAACUCUCACAUGGAUUGCAAUUCACAGGAUCAAUUUUGUACGACAAGUGCUUAUUGUGGACAAACCAUGGUUUGUAGGCAGGUGGCUCGGAGAUAAUAAAAUAUGCAUAGUGUUAAUUGACAAUGAUAUAUUUUGUGACAUCCUUUAUCACGACAUGGUUCGUACAGAAUAAGUGCAAUAAAUUGUAUAUAGUAACUCUUCAUACGUUUUUGUGGUGAUAUUGACGUAAUGUGUGUUCGACUUCGUGAACUUUAUAACUGACACUGUUCAGACUUGCUUUGAUUUAAAAAACUAAAAUAGAUUAACCUCUUUGACACCGGUCAUUGAGUUGAAUUAAUAAAUAUAGUUAUAAAUGUUGAAUUUAGUAAUUAUUUUCAGUGUUUGCAAUACUUGAUCUAACGUGUUUCAUCAUUUAUUCUAUAUCAUAAAUACCGGUAUUAGAUUUAUUCGGGAACCUUUACCUACAGCGAGAUAUUUAAAUAAUUAAAAUUAAUUCAUUAACAUAUCAAAACCUUAUACCGGUAUACCUUAAAUUCCUAAACAUUUAAAUGUUAUCAUUUAAAUGUUUGAUAAUAUUUAAAAAGAUAAAUAUAAGUAAUAUCACAUUCCAUACUUAACAUGAUAGUGACCAUAGUCUAUUUUAGUAUGUUUUGAAUCGUGUAUGAUUUGUUAAAAAAAUAAAUCAUGUAGACCAAAGAAACCACAAUUCAUUCAUCAACGUUUAGCAACCAUGUAUUUCCGUGUUUAUUUUAUGCGGCUUUGUAAAUAAUGGAUAGGUAUUCGUGUUGCUAGAUAAUGAACUCUAACUUAAAAGGAGGAAAAAAGAACUUACAAUUGCAUUUGUAAACGAAACGUGUAUGCUCUUGGCAAAUCUCGAGAUGUCGUAAUGCAUGUCGUUAGAUGACUUGAAUGAUUUGAUAAUACUUAGUCAUUAUUACCCAUUUUUAUAAACAAGAGAUCGAGCCGUAAAUAAUGCACAGAUUGGUAACUGAGGUCUUCCUCCACCAUAAAAGCUGGAAAGUCGAUACAUGACCUAUACUGUGUUGUAUCAAUAUAAAACAGAGGUCAUUUUAAUAGGGAAAAGGAUUUUAGUUAAUCUUUAAUAUAUUUAUAGAAAGACUUUCUCCUGUUGUUAUUAUUAUUCGACAGUAAAGACAUAUCAACAGUAUAGAUAUUAGGUAAAAUAUCUCUGAACGAUCAUUACUUGUGUUCAUAUUCAUGUUAUAGAAGAACAUAGUAUGUGAAUAUACCUUAAAUAUAACUUUCAAAUAUUUGAGAAAAUUAUAUUUCUGUUAGGACGUUAUUAUAUGCGCGUAAAAUAUAUCUAAGCUAUUACAUUUUCUCAAGUGUUUAUCAGUCCAUAACGAUGAUUUAUUGUCUAAAUUACCAUGACAUGUUUAAAUAUCAGAAAAAGGAAACAACACAAUGUAACAUAUAACACGUUAUAUCAAUUCCAUGUUCAGUAGUAUCAAAAAUGUUUAAUAAUAUUUUAAAGCUUUUCACUGGACUCUUUUGUUCAGCAAAUUUAAAUUUUAGACUCUCGCUAUAUAGUUGAGUGCUAUCUAAUGAACCUAUUAAAUAACGAUUGUAGUUUCUGUGCAUAAUGAACAGUCUUCCAUUUCUGUUGGCAUCCUAUAUUCAUUGAGUACAAACUAAAUAGCUACAUGCUAUUAAUAUAACAUCAACAAAAAAAUGCAACAGAUAUCAAUUAAUAUACGUGUGUGCCUUAAAGUUUCAUUUUUCAUAUUACACAAGUACGUUUAAAAACAUACCAAGCUCUGGUAAUUAACUUUAAGAGAUGAAAAAGUACUUAUGCAUUAAAGAUACAUAAAUAACGCAUAUGUAAGAAAAUAAGGUAAGAUCGAAAUAGAUCAAACAAAGAGUUCAUUUAACAUCUAUUAAUACUAGAAUUAAUACAUCACACAAUGUUAUUUUCCUUGUUUUCUUGG